AUGCUGCAGGCUCUGUCCAUCCUGUCUUAUGAUGAUCGCUGCAGCGUUUUUGGUUCUCUUGAGGCCGUACAGCUCCGUAAUGGAAAGCAUCAAAUAAAAUCCGUGUUCUCUGGACGCCCCAAGUGCCGCGUGGGUCUCAGAACGCACCAUUUUCGCUCAGAGGGCUUCAGACACAGUCCACGCCACACAAGGAGAAGUGUGCAUCCUCGAACCACAGAAGACAUGUCUGCUUCGGUGAAUGUUCCUGAAAGUAACCAGCUGUCAUCUUCCAGUCAGCUAAGAAAACGCAGAGUCAAGAAGAGGGUGCAGCCAGAGUUCUACCAGUCUGUACAACUUACACCCACACAUAAAGCUAGCACCAGCUCGGGGAACCCUUCGCAGCGCUGCUCCAUGUCUUCUUCAGCAGAUCUUUCAGAUGAGGAUGAAUACAGUGUUAAAUCUGGCUCAGCGUCCCCAGCUCCCGGAGACACGCUGCCGUGGAACCUGCCCCGACAUGAGCGCUCCAAGAGGAAGACCCUCAGCUCCAUCCUGGACCCCGCGGAGCGUGCGGUGCUCAGGAUUGCAGUUGGUCUAGUCCGGGUUAUGGCUCAGUACGCACCGCAGGGUUGUACGUUUUCCGAAGAGCAGGAAUAUCUACAAGCUUAUGAAGAUGUUUUGGAAAAAUACAAAGAUGAAAGAGACAGAGUACAGAAGAAAACCUUCACAAAAUGGAUAAAUCAACAUCUGAUGAAGGUCCGAAAACACAUAAAUGACCUGUAUGAAGACCUGCGAGAUGGACAUAACCUGAUCUCACUGUUGGAGGUCCUGUCUGGAGACACACUGCCUCGAGAACGAGGGCGGAUGCGCUUCCACAAACUCCAGAAUGUACAAAUUGCACUGGAUUAUUUAAAGAGGCGACAGGUGAAACUUGUAAAUAUAAGAAAUGAUGACAUUACAGACGGUAACCCCAAACUGACGCUGGGGUUGAUAUGGACCAUAAUUCUGCACUUUCAGAUCUCGGAGAUCCAUGUUACCGGGGAGUCCGAGGACAUGACGGCCAAGGAGCGUCUUCUGUUCUGGUCCAAACAGAUGACAGAAGGCUACGUGGGCGUACGAUGUGAUAACUUCACAACCUCCUGGAGGGACGGGAAACUAUUUAAUGCCAUUAUCCAUAAAUACAGGCCAGACCUUGUUGAUAUGAGCCAUAUCUCAGCACAGACCAACCGAUCAAAUUUGGAGCAAGCGUUUUGUGUAGCGGAGCAGCUUGGAGUGGCCAGACUGUUAGACCCUGAAGAUGUGGACGUGCAGUCUCCCGAUGAGAAGUCAGUCAUCACCUAUGUGUCCACUUUGUACGACGCCUUCCCUAAAGUCCCUGACGGUGUUGACGGCAUUAGCCCCAAUGAUGUGGAUAUAAAAUGGGUUGAAUACCAGAACAUGAUUAAAUACCUCAGCCAGUGGAUUAAACACAACGUGGCAAUAAUGAACGAUCGAGCAUUCCCCAACAGUCCUGCUGAACUUAAAGCACUUUAUUCACAAUAUCUUCAGUUUAAGGACUAUGAAAUCCCCAUAAAGGAGAUAGAAAAGACAAAGAUCCAAAAUCUGUAUCAAAUGCUUGAGGUGUGGAUAGAGUUCGGACGAAUCCAGUUACCUCCAGGACAUCACCCCAACGACAUGGAAAAGGAAUGGGGAAAGUUAAUCGUUGCCAUGCUGGAGAGAGAGAAGAGCCUGCGGCCAGAGCUGGAGAGGCUUGAGAUGUUGCAGCAAAUCGCCAACAGGAUCCAGCGAGACUGUGUCAAUGGCGAGGAGAGGCUGUCUUUGGCUAAGGCUUCGCUACAGUCAGAUACAAAACGUCUGGAGUCUGGUAUCCAGGUCCUAAAUGAAGCAGAGGUGGCCAGCAAUCUUUUGGAGUGUGAAAACAUCCUUCGACAACAAGUGGUGGACAUUCAAAUCCUGCUGGAUGGAAAGUUUCCCUUCGCUGAUCAGCUUGUUCAAAGAAUUUCAAAGCUCCGUGACGACCUGCUGGUCCUCAGGGCCGAGUGUUUGUCUGUCUACAGCAGGGGCCACACCUUAACCAGCGAACAGGCCAAGAUGAUGAUUUCAGGCAUCACACAAAGUCUCAACUCUGGCUUUUCUCCGAAUAUGUCCUCUUCUUCACUAUCGGCUGGACUCUCUGCAGGGGGAAUGGUCACUCCUGGAUCUGCGUACACCUCGAGCUUGAGCCCAUGUCUUUCCCCGGCCCAUCCACCGGUCAUGAGCCCUGGGCUGCAGUCCUCUAUGCAGACCUUUAUGUCUGGUGGAGGUGGCAGUUUGGAUGCCGAUGGCUUCAGACAUGUGAAACAGAUGCAGAUACGAAAGCCUUUAAUGAAAUCAUCACUGGCUGAUCCCACUAUGUCUGAAGACGAGGUCAACAUGAAGUAUGUCCAAGAUCUGUUGACGUGGGUGGAAGAGAUGCAGCUGCAGUUGGAUCGAGCAGAGUGGGGAUCUGACUUGCCCAGUGUCGAGACGUCCUUAGAUAACCAUAGGAGUAUACACAGAGCCAUAGAGGAUUUUCAAACUAGUCUUAAAGAAGCCAAACUUGGUGAAAUACAGAUGACCUCACAGACAAAACUAAACUAUUCAGAAAAGCUAAACAGGCUAGACAAACAGUAUGACAGACUAUUGAGUUCCUCUAGAGACAGACAAAGCCACCUGGAAAACCUACAUGACUUUGUCUCAAAGGCGACCCAAGAGCUCAUCUGGUUAAAUGAGAAAGAAGAAGAGGAGGUGGCCUUUGACUGGAGUGACCGUAACAGCAAUAUCUCAAAGAAAAGGGACUACCAUGCUGAUCUGAUGAGAGAGCUGGAUGACAAGGACGAUGCGAUCAAGUCUGUGCAAGACAAGGCAGAUCGGCUUUUACUCAAGAACCAUCCUGCCAGGCUGACAAUAGAGGCAUAUAGAGCUGCUAUGCAAACGCAGUGGAGCUGGAUAUUGCAGCUAUGUGCCUGUGUAGAGCAGCAUUUAAAGGAGAAUGCUGUUUACUUUGAGUUUUUCAGUGAUGCCAAGGAGUCCAUGGAUUACCUCAAGAGUUUGCAGGACACCAUACAUCGGAAAUACAGCUGUGACCGAACAAGCAGCUUACACAGACUGGACGAUCUCAUUCAAGAAUCUAUGGAUGAGAAAGAACAGCUGCUUCAGUACCGCAGUACAGUAGCAGGACUGGUGGGCAGAGCUAAGAGUAUUGUUCAACUGCGACCCAGAAAUCCAGACAAUCCAGUCAGGUCUUCCAUCCCUGUCAAAGCCAUCUGUGAUUACCGACAAAUAGAGAUAACCAUCUAUAAAGAAGAUGAAUGUGUACUGGCCAGUAAUUCUCAUAGGGCCAAGUGGAAAGUCAUCAACCCAGCAGGGAAUGAGGCCAUGGUCCCCUCCGUCUGCUUCACUGUGCCUCCCCCAAACAAAGAGGCCGUCGACAUGGCCACAAAGACAGAACAAUUAUACCAAAAUGUCUUGUCAUUGUGGCACCACUCUCACAUCAACAUGAGUAGUGUUGUUGCGUGGCAUCGUCUAAUGGCUGAUAUCAGGGCUAUCCACAACUGGAAUGUUUCCUCGAUCAAGACAAUGUUACCAGGAGAGCACCAGCAAGUCAUCCACAACCUGCAAGUUCACUUUGAUGAGUUCCUGAAAGACAGUAAAGAGUCCGAGGUCUUCACUGUGGCUGACUGCGCUCAGCUCGACAGAGACGUGGCUGUCUGCAAAGAGUACUACGAGGAACUGCUACGCUCGGCAGAAAGAGAGGAGCACCAGGAGUCCGCGUACAACCAUUAUAUCUCAGACAUCCGCAACUUCCGGAUGCAUUUGGAAUCUCAUGAAGAACACCUCAUCAGACAGAUCCGGACGCCUCUGGAGAGAGACGACCUGGACCAGAGUCUGUUGAGGAUCACAGAGCACGAGAAAAAGAUUGUCGAGCUGUCCAAACUAAAGGAGGACUUUGAUGUGAUGAAAGACAAGUGCGAGGUGUUCAUCAGACAGGCUGUGGGUUCAACCUCAGCCUCCACUCUGUCGUCUGAGCUCACAGCUCUGGGGCACAGCAUGAACCAAGUCCACUCCAUGGCAUUCAUUUAUCUGGACAAGCUGAAAACUGUGAGCUUGGUGGUGAAGCACAGCCAAAGUGCCGAAAUGUUAAUAAAGUCCUAUGAAUCUAAACUGUAUGAGGAGGAUGCCAUGAACUCAGAUCUCAAAUCUAUUGAGGCUGUUGUAACUACUCUAAAGCAAUGGCGGACAGAGAUAGAUGAACAACAAGAGGUGUUCCACGACAUGGAAGAUGAGCUUCAGAAAGCCAGAGUUAUUGGUGACCGCAUGUUUAAGGCCCACAAUGAACGAGACUUUGACCUGGACUGGCACAAAGAGAAGGCCGAUCAACUCAGUGAGAGAUGGCAGAGUGUCCACUCCCAGAUAGACAGCAGGCUGAGAGACCUGGACGGCAUCAACAAGUCACUCAAACACUACAAAGAAUCUUAUGGCAGUCUGGAUGAGUGGAUCCAAGAAAUGGAAGCCACCCAGUUAAAAGCCCAGGAAAACAAACCCGAGGACAGCAAGGCCCUGGCUGAAUUAUUAAACAAACAAAAGGUUCUAGUUGGUGAAAUUGAACAGAUACAGGGGCGCAUUGAUGAGUGUCAAAAAUACUCAGAACAGUACUCCACAUCUGUCAAGGAUUACGAGCUGCAGUUGAUGACGUUCAGAGCCGUGGUUGAUUCUCAGCACAAAUCUCCACUGAAGAAGAGGAGGAUGCAGAGCUCAGCAGAUGCAAUUCAACAGGAGUUUAUGGAUCUCCGAACUCGCUACACUGCACUUGUGACGCUCAUGACGCAGUAUGUGAAGUUUGCCAGUGAGACGUUGAAAAGAACAGAAGAGGAAGAGACCAGAAAGAAUAUUGAAAAAGCAGAAAGUGCCAAAUGGACAGAAAGCUUGGAACUGCAAAAAGUAGCAGGUGAAACGGAAGUGAACCAACUCAUGCAGCGAAUACAUGGACAGGAGGCACUGCUGGGCACAAAACAAGCAGAGCUGGAAGAGAUGGAAGGAGAGAUAGAAAAACUACAGCAGACCAUUAGUGGGGUGAAUCAAGACAAGUCCAAAUUGGAGCAUGAAGUCAACCAAUAUCGCACAAAACUCAAAAUGGCUUUGAAAGAAAAGGAUGCCAUUCACCAAGAGUUGCAACACACACUGCAGCUGAUAGAGCAGUUAGAAACUGAGAGAGCGAGAGCAGAGGAGGAAAGGAGACAGCAGGAGAGCAGACAACAGCAGAGCAGACAGCAGGAGGAGUCCGUACAGGAGGUAAAGGUGCAGACCACUGACAACAGUUUAGCUCCGGCAGAGGCAGUGUUGCUCCAAAGUGAGGUUCACACAGCAGCUAUGAAAGACAACGAGGUCUUGCAGCAGAAACUUAUCAUGUCUCAGAGUAAAGCCGAAGUGGCGGAGAAAAAAGCAGAGGCCUUUAAAAAACUACUGGACGACAGUAAUGAAGCUCUACAAAAACUUCAAAUGGAAAUAGAAACAGAAAGGAUUAGCAUCAACAAGAAGUCUGAAGACCUGCAUCUCCAAACAAUAAACUUAAAGAAAGUCAUCGGAGAACUGCAGGAGGAAAUCAGAUCUCUCCAACGGGCCAAGUCGUCCUUGGAACAGAAUGUCUUCUUCCAACAAACCGAGAUGGAGGGGCUUAAAGAGCAGCUGAAGAUUACACAGGGAGAGCUUCAGAAGAAAACCUCUAUGGAUCAAGAUAAGUCCAUUAAAAUGCAAGAGUUAGAAGAGGAGUUGGAUUCAAAGCAGGCAGCGAACAAUCAAGCCAGCGCUUUGAAGACUGCUGUUAUACAAGAGAAUGUGACAGACUCAAACCAAGUCACCAAAGCCUCCGCAGCAGUCGACGCAAUGAUAAAGACCAAAGUGUCCGCAGAGGUGGCAAACACAAAGUCCCGACAAACCCCAGAAGAACCUAAACACUUGACCAGUCAGACUGUUAUCAGUAAAACCACACAAUACGAAGAACCGGCACAGAACAUGAACAACCAAGGGAACGCAACCACGAAGCGACAGUACAUCACAAAAGUGUUCGAAAUUACAGAGAACGUCACAACACACUCUGAAUCUGGCCUCAGCACCAGAAAGGAUGUGCAAACUACUUCAACUCAUUUUGGUGGGAAAUCGACAACUAUUGCUGGAGUGUAUGUGGAGUCUAGUAAGAAGAAGAUGUCCUUUUUGGAGGCAGCUGAAAAGGGAUUCCUUGCAAAAACUUAUGCACGUUCUGUUGAUGAGGAGAAGAGGGAGCAUGGUGACAAAGUUAGCAAACUGUUGCACUGGAUGUCCAAUGUGAAACACAGCAUCAACCAAGAUGGCAGUGUAACAGAUAGUAAUGCCAACACAGGCUCUUCUAAAAGGCCCCAGGUUUCAAUGGAAGACUUGGUCACUAAAAAAGAACAGAUUGCCGAAGCGAUGAGAAUCACAGAAGCAAAGCUGAACAAACACAGUGAAAAAAUGACAGAUGAAGAAAGAGAAGAGGCCAAGGAGCAACUAAAAGAACUGAACCAGGCCUACAGUGAUCUGUCUCAACAUUGUGAAUCAAAUACAAGCUCAGCAGAUGAGGAGGUGAUGGACACUUUAAACAGCGCUCUGGGAGGAGAGACUGCACCGGUCACACGACACAGACUGGACAGCAUCAAAGAGGAAGAGGAGGCUGAAGGUGACCUCGAUCUGCCUGUAGAAGAUUCCACUGUGUCGGGGAAGGACAAGGACACCAGUAAAAUCAAAGAAGUGCAAAAUAUGUUAUUUUCAAUUCAGGAUUAUUUGGAGUGUGUUGGGAAGCUGCAGGAUCAUGCUGAUGUCUUGGAAGAUAUUCAAAAAGAUCUCUGCUGUCCCACGCCUGGAAACAUGGAGGAACUGCAAAGUCAAAUGGUAGAAUGUCAGACUUUGAAGACACAGCUUUCAGAGUUGGCUGAAGUUUUGACUGUGGACAUGAAGAAAGCCAAACAACUUUUGAACUCCGCUGCUGUAGAAAUACCGAAACAAAUUCACCAGGACCUCGCUUCAACAUAUCUGGACUUAGAACCACAAUUUAUUGCAGUUUGCAAAAUGUGUGCAGAGAGAAGUAAUUCACUGAAUGAUGCAAUACAAGCUGGAAAGGGGCAUUUGGAAUCAGCCUUUGUCCAACAUGUUAAUACUCUCCAAGAGCUUGCAGACUGUUGUAAAUGUGAUUCUGAAGCUUCAGCUAUGGAUUUGAAUGUAUGUGACAUAAACAGACUGAUAUUUUUGAUCCAGCAAAACAAAGACUUGGAGAAUAGUCUCCGGAAAAAUGGCCGCCAGAAGUUAGAAGACGUCACAUUUGACAUCCAGAGUUUCCUUUCUGAGCAUGCUCAGUUCUUGAGCCCAGCUCACAGCAGCUGUCUGCUCAAACUGCUCAGCUCUACUCAGAGAGCCUUCAAGGAGCAGACAGAGAGGCUGGCCGCUGAGAGGAGCUCCAUGGAGCUUUUAGUGGAACAAAAACAGAUGCAAAAUCAGGCUCAGACAAUACUUGAAAAACACAAGGAGUUCUCAGAAAAACUAGAGGAGCUGUUUGAUGAUCUGACACUGACAGAGAACCGUCUGAUUGGUCAUCAGCAGCAGGCAGAAAACACAGAGUCUUUGAGUGAACUGCAGCAGUACCAGCAGGAGCAUCAGGCUUUGCAAAAGGAUGUGAUGACAAAUGCCAGCGCUCUCAACGAAGUGGUCUCCAGUACGAAGAAAUACCUUGAAGAAAACCGAAGUAAGCUGAGCCCAGCACAAGUGGCUGAAAUCGAAAACAAGUUAGAAGAUGCCACAAGCAAAUCCAAGGUCAUUAAUCAGCGAGUUGAAGACUCACGAAAAGACUUAGAAAAAGUAGUAACUUCAGCUAUAAAGCAAGAAAGUGAAAAGGCAGCAGCUGUUGAGAGGCUCGAAGAGAGCAAAAACAAAAUUGAAGGUCUUUUAGACUGGAUCUCCAACAUUGGACAUGACAACAAGAGCAGCCCGGAUGAAACGGACCAUAUGAGCAACACGAAUGGCAACCCACCGGGCGAGAUUUCAGCAAAAGAGCUAAUGGAUGAGGAUGCCAACGGAAAUGCCCCACGGAGUCCUGGGCAGGAUCACAGCCGAGAGAACGGCCAGAGCAGUGCAUCCGCAGAUCUGGACAAGCAAUAUGCAAAAGUGAAGGCACAUCAUCAGAAUAUUCUGUCUCAGCAGCAGGACCUUUUGAUUGCCACGCAGUCGGCCCAGACCUUACUUGACAAACAGGCCAAUGUCUUGUCUCCAGAGGAAAAAGAGAGACUGCAGAAAAACAUCCACGAGCUAAAAGGGCGAUAUGAGACGUCUUUGACCCAGGCAGAGCAGCAGAUGAAGCAGCUGCAGUGUGUCCAAGAAGAGCUGAAGACGUUUCAGGACGACUGUCAGGAGUUUGAGGGGUGGUUGGACCAAGCUGAAGACGAGAUGCAGAAGCUAGAAACUCCUGCGGGUUCACUCAAUAUACUCACUGAUAAACUGCUGUAUCAAAGAAACUUCUCAGAGGAUGUGAUUUCUCACAAAGGAGACCUACGCUUUAUAACUAUAUCUGGACAGAAAGUACUAGAUGUAGCCCAAGCCUGUGGUGUGGCCAACGCCGCGGAUAAAAAUACACAUGUGCCCCUGGAUACUUCAGGUGCCUCUGCUUUAGUAAAGAACAAACUGGAUUCUGCAGCCACGAGAUACAAGGCACUCCAUUCACAGUGCAAUCAACUUGGAAACAACAUCAAGGAUGUCAUUGACAAAUACAAAAAAUAUAAUGACAGCACCGCAGGCCUUCUCAAGUGGCUCAACAAUUCGGAGGAUGAGGCCAGAAAGCAGCAAUCAGAGGCCAUAGCAGCAGAUCCUCAAACACUGCAGAAACAACUGGAAGACAAUAAGGUUUUACAAAAUCAAACAACUGGACAUCAAGCUGCUGUUGACACUUUAAGUAAAACAGCCGAAUCUCUAAUUUCCUCUGAGGGAGAUCUGCUCAGCAACACAGAUGAGAUACAGGAGACAGUGGAUGACAUUGUGGAGCGUUACGACAACCUUUCCAAAUCAGUAAGUGACCGUAAUGAGAAGAUCCAGAUCACUUUGACCCGCUCCAUGAGUGUCCAGGACGGCCUGGAUGAGAUGCUGGGAUGGAUGCAGCGAGUGGAAGCCAGUGUGAAAGAGGACAUACAAGUCCCACUAGAUUCAGUGUCCAUGGCCUCUGCUCUCAGCAAAGAAAAUGCUUUAGAACAAGACAUGGCAAGUCGUCAGGGCAGCAUCUCAGCCAUAAAAGCUAAAGUGAAGAAAUUUGCAGAGACUGCAGAUCCUUCAGCCGCGGCCCAGCUCCAGUUCAACAUGGAGGCCCUCUCUCAACGCUUCUCCAACGCAUGCGAUCAACAAAAGCAGAAAGUGUCCACCUUAGAACAACUAAAGAAAAAGGUGGAGGAUUUUGAGAAAGUUUCAGAAAAAGUUCAGCAGUUUGUUAUGAGACGUUCACAGGAGCUUCACGAAACCGAUGGGCCCAGCAAAACCUUCACAGAGCUGUCUGGGUUAAUGCAGAAUACUAAAGCUGAGAUGGAGGAACAUGCCCGUGAUUUGGAGAAGCUGCAGAGUUUGUCUAAAGAACUGUGUGAACUAAGCACUGAUGGAAAUAAAAUCCAGAUCCAGAGCAAGAUGGAAAACCUCACAAAUACAUUUAACUCUUUCAAAGACACUGUGCAAGAAAAGGAAGAGGAAGUAUCAUCUUGUCGAGACCAGCUGGAAGAAUUCAGAGCUUUAUCCAGCUCUCUCACAUCGUGGUUGGAACAAACAAAAGACAAAGUCCCUGCUGUGGAUCCAAGUCGCAGUGAAAAAUGCCUGGAGAAAGAUCUACAAAUUGUCACGGGAUUAAUGGAUGAGUGGACCUCCAAAACUCCUAUUGUGCAAGACAUGAACAGCAAAGGCUCUACGCUGUGCAGCUUCAUCACUUUCCUGACUUCACCGGCCAAGUCAAAGAACAGCAACAAAGCGGCUCUUACUAAUGGUGGUGGUCCAGUCAACCAUUCCUACCUAACCAAUAAAGAUUUAAUGGUGAUACAACAGAAGAUGUCUUUUGUAAACGAGGAAUACAAAAAUCUUGGGGAUUCACUCAAAAGCAGAGCUGCUGACAUAGGUAAUUUGGUUCACGAAGUGAAACGGGCUCAGAAAGAGACAGCGGACAUGAUGGCCUGGCUGAAAGAUAUGAAGAAAACUGCUGCUUCAUGGAAAGUUGCAGCCACAGAGAAUGAUUCUGUUAAAACUCAACUGGAAAAUCAGAAGAUAGUUGAAGAUAACAUGAAGCAGAAAACGGAAGAAAUGCAGGAGCUGAGAGAGAAGCUUCUCCACUUAAUACAGACCCACCCAAACACUCCAGAGGCUGCCAAGUGGAAGCAAAUGUUGUCAGAAAUAGAUGCGGCCUGGGCAGAUAUUAGUGACUCUGUAGUGGAGAGGAAACAGCAUCUAGAACAGUCCAACAAAAACCUGGACAUAUUCAAAACAUCAGAGCAGCAACUUUGUCAGUGGCUGUCAGAAAAAGAGAUGCUGAUGAGUGUUCUUGGGCCACUUUCAAUUGAUCCAAACAUGCUCAAAAUGCAAAAGCAACAAGUUCAGAUUAUCCAGAAUGAGUUCAAGAGUCGUGCUCCUCAAUACGAGCAACUUCAGAAAGCAGCCUCGGCAUUGCUUAGCUCCACUCAAGAACCUCAGAAUGGGAAAAUUGUGGAAGCGCAGCUCGCAGUGGUCACCCAAAAAUGGCAAAACCUAAGUGGACAGUUGGACUCCAGAGACAGUCUGAUAGACCAGGCUGUAGUGAAGACCAGACAGUUUCAGCAACUAUUGACAAAGCUGAGCGACACUACCACAGAACUAGAGAAGCAGAUCACCAACCAGCACAGCCAGAGCACAUUGCCUGAUGCUGUGAAGAAACAUCUGGAGGUUGUGCAGAAGAUCUGCACUCAGCUGAGAGAGGAGAAGAAGAAAGUGAAGGAGGCUGAGGACCUUUGCUCUGAGCUCAAAGCACUAGUAACAGAGGACUAUCUGAGAGCAGAUUUAACCAGACAACUGGAGGCUGUCACAAAGCCCUUUAGCCAACUGGAGGAAAAAGCAGCCAAAUGCGUUGAUGAGCUGAGUUCAACCUUCGCCAGUUCGCAGCAGUUCCAUCAGACAUCCAAGGACUUCCAGUUGUGGCUAAGCAAGAAGCUUCUUAAGGAAUCCAAGUUUAUCUCAGCCAAAGUAGAAGUUCUCCAACAAACUCUGGAAGACCAAAACAAGCAGCAGCAAACAUUUGCUGAGCAUGAACGCGACUAUGUGACUAUUCUCGCUGAGGGAGAAAGACUGCUGCAGAGUGUGGAUGGAGCAGAGAAACUGGCACUGCAGGGGCUGCUAACCAAAAUGUCUAGAGACUGGGAAGAUGUGAAGAAUAACCACACAGAACAAACUGAGAAACUACAAACUGCUUUACAAAAAUCACUCAAGUUUCAUGAAAACACUGACAAACUGAACUCGUGGAUACAGGAGACUGAAAACAGAGAGGCAAGCGUCAAGCUUUCUGUGGAUCCUGUGGAAGUGGAAAACUCAAUUUCUCAAGUCAAGGCAUUGCAAAAGGAUGUGGAAAAGCACAGGGGAUUGGUUGAACAGCUCAACACAGCAGCUGAGGGCCUUAUGGAGGUGGCUAAUGCAGAUACAGAACUGAUCAAAGAAGAAAAGUCAAGCAUUGACAAAAGAGUAGAGAGUGUGGUUGAGGCACUACAGAACAGGAAGGACACAUUGGAGCAAAUCUCACACAAAGUAAAAGAGUUUAACGAUGACUGCAAAGAGGCCCAGUCACACCUUGAAGCAGCAAAAAAACAGAUGGAGACUUAUGAAUCGCAAGGUGUCCAGGCGCAUAGCAACAAGAACUUAGCCAACAUGAAAGCCCAACACAAGAGUCUGAAUGGAGUGGAAAACCAGAUUGAUCACCUCAAAAGUCUGGCCAAGGACCUGGUAGUUGCUAUCCCAGAUGUAGAUGGGGUGACCGACCUCCUGCUACAAAGUGACAGUAUUGAGAAGGAAUACUGCACUCUAAACAAGAAAUUAGAGGAGACGUGCCAAGUCUUGGAGGGUAAAUUGCAGGGAAUAGGACAGUUCCAAAAUAACAUCCGAGAAAUGUUUACUCGAUUCACAGAUUUAGAUGAUGAGUUAGACAACAUGGCCCCAGUGGAUUUGGACUUGGAUAAACUUAAAGACCAAGAAACAAGCGUGGUGGGUUUUAUCAGCAGACUUCAAGAACUAAUGUCACACACAUCUGAUGCUGGAGAAAGCUGCAAAAAGAUGCUUGAGACUGAAGAUUCUUCUGAUCUGAUUGGACUCAAGAGAGAUUUGGAGACCUUGAGUAAACAAUGUGGCAAACUGCUGGAUAGAGCCAAAAGCAGGAACACGCAAGUGCAGAAUACACUCCAAAAUCUGGAAGUACUUUAUGAAAAAGUCAAAGAAGUAGAAUCCAAACUCGACAAGGCUGUAGCCAAGGACACAUCCCAGGAUCCAGUUGGGAUGGAUCCUGGAUGGAUCAAUCAGCAGCUGGAGUCUUUCAAGACAUUCCAAAAAGAAGAUAUUGACCCCUUGCAUAAACAGCUUCAAGAGAUCAACUCACUUGGCCAGAGUCUGGCCCAAAGUGCUACAAAAGGCACAUGCACAAAGAAGUUAGAAGGAGACUUGGAGGAUGUUAACACCAAGUGGAAUACACUAAAUAAAAAGAUUGCAGAGCGCUCGGCUCAGCUACAUGAAUCCUUGCUGCAUUGUGGAAGGUUUCAAGAUGCACUGGAGUCCUUGCUCAGCUGGCUCACUGACACUGAGGAGCUGGUAGCCAACCAGAAAUCACCGUCUGCAGAGUUCAAAGUUGUGAAAGCACAGAUACAAGAGCAGAAACUCUUACAGAGACUGUUGGAUGAUCGUAAACCAACAGUGGAGCUUAUAAAGAAGGAGGGAGGAAAGCUCUCUGAACUAACAGAAGCCGCUGAGAAAGAAAAGGUUGCUAAAGAGAUUGAAUGCUUGGGGCAAAGGUGGGAUUCUCUCCUCAAGAAGGCAGAAAACAGAAAAAAACAGUUGGAAAGCAUCCUAGUGGUCACUCAGCAGUUCCAUGAGAUGUUGGAGCCUCUCAGUGAGUGGCUUUGCACCACUGAAAAGGUCCUUUCACACUCAGAUCCCAUUGGCACAGAGACAUGCAAACUGAAGGAGCAAAUUUCUCAGCAUAAGACUUUAGAGGAGGAGAUCAUGAAACAUAGCAAAGACUUGUUUCAGGCUGUUAAUCUGGGUCAGAUGUUAAGAACCGUGUGCUCCAUUGAAGAUAAGGAGUUUGUCCAGAACAAACUGGAUACAGCUCAGUCUGGAUACAUAGAGCUACAGGAGAGGUGCAGGAGGAAGGCUGAGUUGCUGCAGCAGGCGCUGUCAAACGCUCAGCUCUUUGGGGAAGAUGAAGUAGCGCUCAUGAACUGGCUCAGUGAAGUGCACGCCACACUGAGUGAAGUCUCUGUCGAGGACUACAGGACAGACACACUUGAAAAACAGCUCAAAGACCAAUGGACAUUGCAAAGUGAUAUUGAGUUGAGAAAGAAAGACGUAGACCGAACCAUUUUUAGCGGGAUGGAGCUUCUGAAACAGACAACAGGUGAUGAGGUGGUUGUAAUUCAGAGCAAACUGGAUGGAAUUAAAAAUAAGUAUACAGAGAUUAACACCAUGAGUGACAAUGUGCUGAAGACGUUGGAAAAAGUUUUAGGUCUCUCAACACAACUGCACCAGACCCAUGAGGAUCUGAACAACUGGCUGGAAACGGUGGAAGCUGAAGUCAAUGCAUUUGCUGUUAAUGAUGCAGCAGGCGUCAACGGGCAACUCGUUGAUAUCCAGAACAGGAAAAAGGAUUUGUUACAAGUGACAAAGAACCACAAACCGGUUGUGGACAAGCUGAAUGAGUUGAGUGGCUCCCUCCUGGAUCUGAUCCCCUGGCACACUCGUGAAAGUCUGGACAAACUGGUCACUGAAGACAAUGAUCGCUUUAAAAGUGUGUAUGAGAACAUCAACCAACAAGUCGACCAGAUCAACUCAGAUAUACUACAAUCUCAGCAGUUUGAACAGUUGGCCGAUACCGAGCUUGCCUGGCUGACUGAAGCAGAAAGAAAGCUUCUUUGUGUAGAUGAGAUCAAACUGACGCAGGACCAAACCACCUCACAGCUCCAAGCCCAGAAGAUGUUCUCUAUGGACAUCAUGAGACACAAAGAUACUGUGGAUGGCAUUGUGAGAACAGGAAAGGCUGUUAUGAACAACAGAAAUCCAGAGGGAAAAGAAACAAUUCAAGCCAAGACACAAGCCCUCCUGGAGAAGUAUGGUACUGUCAGUCAGAUGAACUCUGAGAGGUGUCUCCAGCUUGAGAGGGCCCAGUCUUUGGCUGCUCAGUUUUGGGAAACGUUUGAUGAGAUGUGGCCGUGGCUUCAGGAAACUUUGAAAGUCUUUACUCAACUAUCACCACCUGCUAUUGAGUACGAGGCACUUAAACAACAGCAAGAGGAGCUCAGACAAAUGCGAGAGUUGAUUGCUGAGCACAAGCCACACAUUGACAAAAUGAAUAAGACCGGUCCCCAGAUGCUUGAGCUGAGUCCAGGGGAAGGAGUGCCUAUUCAGGAAAAGUACACUACAGCAGACCAGCUCUACACUCAACUUAAGGCAGACGUCAAACAGAGAGCUGCUACUUUAGAUGAAGCCAUUUCCAAAUCAACACAGUUCCACGACAAGAUUGACCCUAUGCUUGAAUCUUUGGAGAGAAUUGCUGAACGUCUUCGCCAGCCUCCGUCUAUCUCAGUGGAAGUGGACAAGAUUAAAGAACAGAUAGCAGAAAACAAGUCAGUGUCAGUGGACCUAGAAAAGCUCCAGCCUUCAUAUGACACACUCAAGCAAAGAGGCGAGGAGAUGGUGGCACGAUCUGAAGGGGCAGACACCUUUACAUCUGCUAAAGUUGUGCAAGACAAACUUGACAAGAUGGUGUUCCUGUGGAGUGACAUCCAAGCUCUGGUGGAGGAGCGAGAGGCAAAGCUCCUGGAUGUUAUGGACUUGGCAGAUAAGUUUUGGUGUGAUCACUGUGCUCUCAUUGUGACCAUCAAAGACAGUCAAGAUCUGCUGAAGGAACUGGAGGAGCCUGGAGUUGACCCCUCUGUUGUCAAGCAGCAGCAGGAAUUUGUUGAUGGUUUUAAAGAAGAGAUUGACGGACUCAUGGAGGAACUUGAAGCUGUUCAAAACCAAGGAGCUGAUUUGAUGGCUGCCUGUGGAGAGCCAGAUAAACCUGUUAUAAAGAAAAGCCUUGAUGAGGUGGCAUCAGCAUGGGAAACCUUGAAUAAAACAUGGAGGGAGAGAGGGGAUAGACUUGAGGAAGCAAUGCAGGCUGCUGUGCAAUUUCAGGAUGGACUACAGGGCAUGUUUGACUGGGUUGAUAUUCUGGAAAGCAAACUGGAUUCAAUGUCCCCUGUAGGCACCGACCUGGAAACAGUCAAGCAGCAAAUCGUGGAACACAAGGAGUUCAAAGGAGAAGCCUACCAACUGCAGAUUGAGAUGGAACGCUUGAAUCACCAGGCAGGACUACUUCUUAAAAAGGCCACAGAGGACGCUGACCGAUGUGCCAUCCAGGAGCCCAUGUCUGAGCUGAAGAUGCUCUGGGAAAACUUUGAAGAGAAGAUUAUCAGCCGACAACACAAACUGGAGGCAGGCCUUCUGGCUCUGGGGCAGUUUCAACAUGCUCUGGAUGAACUGUUAGCCUGGAUGAGUCACACAGAGGAACUCCUCAAUGAACAGAGAAAGACAGGUGGAGACCCUAAAGCGAUGGAGAUAGAGCUCGCCAAGCAUCACGUCCUCCAAAUAGAUGUUUUGGCACAUCAAACCACUGUUGAGACCGUGAACAAAGCUGGCUAUGACUUAGUGGCAUCUAGCGCUGGAGAAGAAGCCUCAAGUCUUCAGAAUAAGCUUGAGAGUUUGAACCUGAGGUGGAAAGUUAUUCUUGAGAAGACCGAUCAGAGAAAACAGCAACUACAAAGUGCUUUGCUCCAGGCUCAAGGUUUCCAUGGAGAGAUAGAAGAUAUGCAGCAGUGGCUCAAAGACACUGAGCGUCAGCUGUUGGCAUCAAAGGCAGUGGGAGGCUUACCAGACACGGCCCGGGAGCAGCUUAACGCCCAUCUGGAACUGUGUUCUGCCUUUGGAGCAAAGGAGGAUCUGUACCAGGAGCUCAUCCACAAGGGCCAACAACUUUUGUCUGUGACGCCUGAAGGCACAGACAGCAACACAGAGCAUGACCUCGCCAAUCUGACAGAGAAAUGGGAAACUGUGAGGGCAAAGAUCACUGAUAGAAAGGUUAAAUUGGAGGAGGCUUUGACUCUUGCCACAGAUUUUCACAACUCACUGCAGGACUUUAUAAACUGGCUAACUCAGGGCGAGCAGACACUGAACAUGAUAUCCCCGGCUUCACUUAUUAUAGAAACCAUCAUGUUUCAGAUCGAUGAGCAUAAGAUGUUUAUAACAGAGGUAAAUGCACAUAGAGAGCACAUCAUUGAACUGGACAAGAACGGGACACAAUUGAAAUACUUUAGCCAGAAACAAGAUGUGGUCCUUAUCAAAAACCUGCUGAUUAGUGUGCAAAGCCGCUGGGAAAAACUGGUUCAAAGAUCUGUGGAGAGAGGUCGGCUACUGGAUGAUGCAAAGAAAAGAGCUAAACAGUUUCAUGAAAGCUGGAACAAACUGAUGCAGUGGUUGGAUGAGUCUGAGAGGAGCCUUGACUCUGAGGUGGAAAUUGCAAAUGAACCGGACAAAAUCAAGAUUCAACUGACGCAGCACAAGGAGUAUCAAAAGGCUCUUGGCAGCAAACACUCUGUUUAUGACACCACGUCUCGAACGGGCCGUGCCUUAAAAGACAAGACCUCGCUUCGGGAUGAUAAGCAGAAACUUGACGACAUGUUGAGUGAGCUGAGGGACAAAUGGGACACAGUUUGUGGGAAGUCCAUUGAGAGACAAAACAAGCUGGAGGAGGCCCUAUUAUUCUCCGGCCAGUUCAAAGAUGCUCUGCAGGCUCUCAUUGACUGGCUGUACAGAGUCGAGCCUCAGUUGGCAGAGGACCAGCCGGUUCAUGGAGACAUUGACCUGGUUCUGAACCUGAUAGACAACCACAAGGUUUUCCAGAAGGAGAUGGGAAAGAGGACAGUCGGUGUACAGGCGCUCAAGCGUUCAGCUCGAGAGUUGAUGGAAAGCAGUCAUGACGACACCUCGUGGGUCAAAGUCCAGAUGCAGGAGCUCAGCACACGCUGGGACAGUGUGUGUAGCCUGUCAGUGUCUAAGCAGGCCCGUUUGGAGCAGGCCCUCUGUCAGGCUGAAGAAUUUCACUCCUCGGUCCACAUCCUGCUCGAAUGGCUGGCUGAAGCUGAGCAGAGUUUACGGUUUCAUGGGAGUUUACCUGACGAUGAGGAUGCACUAAGGGCACUCAUCGAGCAGCACAAGGACUUCAUGAAAAGAUUGGAGGAUAAGAGAGUGUCACUCAAUAAAGCCACCGCCAUGGGUGAGGCUAUACUGAGUAUAUGUCAUCCUGACUCUAUCACGACUGUCAAACACUGGAACACCAUCAUCAAGGCUCGAUUUGAAGAGGUCCAAGCCUGGAGCAGACAAUACCAGCAGAGACUGACCACAGCCUUGAACGAGCUGUUAGCAACGAUGGAUCUGUUGGACAAACUGCUGAUGUGGCUGCAGUGGGCAGAAACCAAUCUCUGUGAUAAAGAUAAAGAAAUACUUCCAGAGGAGAUAGAGGAUAUAAAGCAUCUUAUAGCAGAACAUCAAAGCUUCAUGGAGGAAAUGACUCGCAAGCAACCAGAUGUGGAUAUAAUUACAAAGACCCACAAGAGGAAAGCUACCAUGGAGCCUCAUGUCCAGUCGCAGAUCCCUGUGUUGGAAAGAGGAAGAACAGGAAGAAAACGCUCUCCAACACAAACAAUGUAUACGUCAGCCACACAGGCUCAUAUUGAGACCAAGAACCCACAGGUUAACCUUCUUGUCAGCAAGUGGCAGCAUGUCUGGCUUCUAGCGUUGGAUAGAAGAAGGAAACUAAAUGAUGCAUUGGACAGACUAGAAGAGCUGAAAGAAUUUGCCAACUUUGACUUUGAUGUGUGGAGGAAAAGCUACAUGAGAUGGAUGAACCACAAAAAGUCCAGAGUCAUGGAUUUUUUCCGUCGCAUGGACAAAGAUCAAGAUGGCAAAGUGACACGGCAAGAGUUCAUCGAGGGCAUCGUGUCAUCCAAAUUCCCCACCAGCCGAUUGGAGAUGAGUGCUGUGGCCGAUAUAUUUGACAGAGAUGGUGACGGAUACAUAGACUAUUAUGAAUUUGUUGCAGCUCUUCAUCCAAACAAAGAGGCCUAUAAGCCUUUGACUGAUGCAGACAAAAUUGAGGAUGAGGUAACCCGUCAAGUCGCAAAAUGCAAAUGUCCCAAACGAUUCCAAGUGGAACAAAUUGGGGCCAACAAAUAUAGGUUUUACCUUGGAAACCAGUUUGGAGACUCUCAGCAGCUGCGCCUGGUACGUAUACUGCGCAGCACGGUCAUGGUCCGGGUUGGGGGAGGAUGGAUGGCCCUGGACGAGUUCCUCGUCAAAAAUGAUCCUUGUAGAGUUCAUCACCACGGGAGCAAAAUGUUGCGCUCGGAAUCAAACUCUUCAAUUACUCAGUCUCCUAUAGGUUGGCAAAUCUCAAACUUUCUCUUGCUCCGUCAUGAGCCCACCUGUGCAAAAGGCCGGACCAACAUCGAGCUGCGAGAGAAGUUCAUCCUCCCUGAAGGCACCACUCAGGUCAUGGCCAGUUUCCGCUACAGAGGACGCAGGUCGCGGCCGUCGUCCAGAGGCGCGUCACCAAACAGGUCUAUGUCCAGUCAGAGUUGUCCUGCUCACCAGCCCAUGCCAGUGACAGGGACACCCAAGACUCCCCAACAAAUAACCCGCAAUUAUGAUAAGCCAUGGCUUACAAACAGCAAACCUUCCACUCCUCUUAAAUCAUCUGACUCCCCUGGGAGUUCACCUGCAGAGAGUACUCCAGUUCAAGGCAGCAAAUUGCGUCUUCCUGGGUACUUGUCAGGGAAAGGAUUCCAGUCCGGGGAAGAGGGAACUCUCAUCAACGCUGCUGUGCUGAAGGCUCGUGCCCAGACAGCAGGUGAAUCAAAGAAAAACUUGAGCAGACCUGGAAGUAAAGCAGGAAGCAGAGGCAGUAGUCGCAGAGGAAGCGACGCUUCAGACUUUGACAUUUCUGAUAUUCAAUCCGUGUGUUCGGAUGCUUCUGAGCUUGUGGGCGACUCAGGUUUUGACUUCCUUGAAGAGUUCCGUGUAUCUGAGUCCAGAGGAGUGAGGAGAGUAGACGGAUCCAAACCAGAGGUAGUGGCCUACCGCAUCAACCCCUCCAUCCACCUGCGAAAAACCACAAGUGAAUUAUAUCCUGAUGGCCUUCCUGCGGAUUACUCCGUCAUUGCCACAUUCAAGGUCCCUAAAGACACGGCCAAACAGUCCUGGAGUCUGUGGCAGGUGAGCGACUCCAAAGGCCGUGACCAAGUGGGCCUACGUUUCCACCCCGGGAUGCGCUCGCUGGACUUCUUCUACACCAGCUCUCAUGGAAGCCAGAUGCUCAGGACGUUCUCUGGGGUGGAGCGGCUGUUUGACGGAGCAUGGCACAAACUGGCUCUGAGUGUGAAGGGCGGUCAGGCCAAACUGCUCAUUGACUGUGAAGAGGUCAGCGUGAAGCCCAUUGACGAAGACAGGCCGGUGAUACGCAGAGGCUACACAUCCAUCGCCAAACGGGCUGCAGAGGACCGCUCCGUUUCUGUGGAUUUCCAGCAGAUGGAAGUGUCGUGUGACCCGGAGAAGGCCUACACGGAAGGCUGCUGUGAGCUUGGUGAAGAAGGAAUAAAAGGCGAGAAAGGAAUGAGGGGACUUUGGGGCCAAGUGGGAGACCGAGGUCCCAAAGGUUUGAAGGGAUUGAAAGGUGCAGCUGGUUUUAAGGGGGUUCGUGGACCACCUGGAGUCAUUGGAGAGACUGGAAAACAAGGAGAAGUGGGUGUGAAAGGAGUAAAAGGUUUUGACGGCAUUCCUGGCUAUCAAGGAGUCAAGGGAGAAAAGGGGACCAUGGGUGUAGUCGGGAAGCCAGGACCACGAGGAAAGCAGGUGGGGAUUCCCUGUGAUAAGGCAUUGUGGGAGAUCCUGGCGACACAGGGGCUGCUGGACUCAAGGGCAAGCCUGGAAUCCAAGGGCCUGUUGGCAGACGUGGAGGAGUGGGACAGAAGGGCAUUGUUGGAGAUCCAGGAUUACCAGGAAGAGAUGGAGAUCCUGGUAUCGAGGGUGAAAAAGGCAUCCAAGGUCCACAAGGAGAGAUGGGUCCCCAAGGCCAAACUGUCGGAGAUCGUGGUGAGGUGGGACCUCAGGGGGUCCGGGGAAAGCGUGGUCCAGCGGGCCCACUCGGACAGACUGGCACUGGAGGAGUGA